AUGUCUCAACGACCCAUCCCGCUGCACGUCACGCAGCCGACGCUGCUCACAAACCUGAACAUCCUCCCAGCAUCAAUAUCAUGGCAGAACUGUACGCUGGAGUCGGACAAGUACGUCUGCGUGCGCCAGCAGAACAACGACGCCAACACGCCCGCCGAGACCGUCAUCGUUGACCUCAAGAACACAAACAAUGUCAUCCGGCGGCCGAUCCGCGCUGACAGCGCCAUCAUGCAUCUGACAGAGCCCAUCAUUGCUCUCAAGGCGCAAGGAAAGACGCUGCAGCUCUUCAACCUAGAGACCAAGCAGCGCCUACAGACAUAUACCCAUCACGAGGAUAUCCAGUUCUGGCGGUGGGUUAGCCAGACUACUCUGGCGCUUGUCAGCACAAAGUCGGUGUACCACUGGGAUGUGCUGGAUGGCAGCAGCCCACCCACGCCGCGCAAGAUCUUUGAUCGCCAGGAGCAGUUGGAGAACAACCAGAUCAUCAACUACGUCACCAACGACGAUGAGAGCUGGUCGUGCUUGGUCGGUAUCGCGUCGCAUCCGACCGGAGGCAUCCGCGGUAACAUGCAGCUGUUCUCCAAGGCGCGGAAUGUCAGCCAGCCCCUCGAGGGUCAUGCUGCGACGUUCGGCACGCUCCGCCUGGACGGCGCGACCUCUGACACGAAGCUCUUCGCGUUCGCUGUCAAGUCGACCACCGGGGAGGCCAAGAUCAACAUUGUCGAGGUCGACCACAACGCCGCGAAUCCAGCCUUCCCGAAGCGCCUGAUCCCGAUACAUUGGCCUGCGGAGGGUACCGGUGACUUCCCUCUUGGAAUUCACAUUGCGCACAAGUACGGCAUCUUGGUUGUAGUGACCAAGUUCGGUUUUAUCCAUCUGCACGAUCUCGAGACGGGUACCGCGCUCUUCUUAAACAGGAUAUCAGAAGAGACGGUCUUCACAACUGCGCGCGACGACGACGGCAAGGGCGUCGUGGUGAUCAACAAGCGUGGACAAGUCCUGCACACUACCAUCCGGGAAGAUGCGCUCAUUCCGUACAUCAUGGACAACCCCGCAUGCUCAGAGAUUGCCUAUAAGCUUGCAUCAAAGGGCGGGCUUCCCGGCGCUGACAACUUGUACCAGCAGCGAUUCGAGACUCUGAUGAACCAGGCAAACUACACUGAAGCCGCCAAGGUUGCUGCCAACUCGCCGCGUGGCUUCCUCCGUACCCCUCAGACGAUCAACCGGUUACGACAGAUUCCGGCUCAGCCUGGUCAGAUCACUGUGCUUUUGCAGUACUUUGGCCAGCUGCUUGACAAGGGUGGCUUGAACAAGGAUGAGACGCUCGAGUUGGCCCGCCCGGUCUUCUCACAAGGCCGAAAACACUUGAUUGAGAAGUGGCAGAAGGAGGGCAAGCUUCACUGCUCUGAAGAGCUCGGAGAUUUGGCGAAGCCGCACGACCUGAACCUUGCUCUUGCGAUUUACAAGGAGGCGAACGUUCCCCAGAAGACUGUCGCCGCUCUCGCAGAGCUUGGCCACUUCGAUCUGAUUCUUCAGUACUGCCAAUCGGUCGGAUACAACCCGGAUUACAACGUAUUGCUUCAGCAUAUCGUCCGUGUGAAUCCCGAAAAGGGAGCGGAAUUUGCUUCCAGCCUGGCCAAGCAUGAAGGUGGACCUCUAAUCAGCGUUGACCGGGUCGUGGAUAUUUUCCAGUCUCAGGGUAUGAUUCAACAGGCGACCGCUUUCCUGCUCGAUGUACUAUCGAACAACCUCCCCGAGGAGGGCCACCUGCAGACUAAGCUCCUCGAAAUGAACCUGCUUAAUGCCCCUCAAGUGGCAGACGCUAUCCUUGGAAACGAGAUGUUCUCCCACUACGACAGGGCUCGCAUCGCUACUCUGUGCGAGCAAGCCGGACUUCUCACCCGCGCGCUCGAGCACACGGAUGAUACCGCUGCUAUCAAGCGCAUGAUCGUGCAGACUGACAAGAUUCCGGAGGAGUGGUUGCUUAACUACUUCGGCCAACUGACUGUGGAGCUCUCACUGGAUUCUCUGGACCACAUGCUCACGACCAACAUCCGGCAAAACCUUCAAGCUGUGAUCCGCAUCUCCCAGAAGUACUCGGACCUUCUUGGAGCUACCAGAAUCAUCGAUCUACUGGAGAAACACCGCACUGCCGAGGGUCUCUACUUCUUCUUGGGCUCGAUCGUCAAUGUCAGCGAGGAUCCUGAUGUUACUUUCAAGUACAUCGAGGCUGCUACGACCAUGGGCCAGCUGAACGAGGUCGAGCGUGUCUGCCGUGAAUCCAACAGCUACAACCCUGAGAAAGUGAAGAACUUCCUCAAGGAGGCUAAUCUCACGGAGCAGUUGCCGCUCAUCAUUGUUUGCGACCGAUUCAACUUCAUCCACGACCUGGUCCUCUAUCUGUACAAGAAGCAGCAGUUCAAGUCGAUCGAGGUGUAUGUACAGCGCGUAAACCCAGCGAGGACUCCCGCCGUCAUUGGUGGAUUGCUCGAUGUCGAUUGCGAUGAGAGCAUAAUCAAGGGUCUUCUGGGAUCGGUCACCCCUUCCUCCAUCCCCAUCGAUGAGCUCGUCGCCGAGGUUGAGUCUCGCAACCGUCUCAAGCUUCUCCUACCAUUCCUCGAACACACUCUCGCGGAGGGCAACCAACAGCAGGCGGUGUACAACGCUCUGGCCAAGAUCUACAUCGACAGCAACAACAACCCAGAGAAGUUCCUGCAGGAGAACGACCAGUACGACACUCUCGUUGUCGGUAAAUACUGCGAGAAGCGUGACCCCAACCUCGCAUUUAUUGCCUAUAGCAAGGGUCAGAACGAUCUCGAUUUGAUCAAUGUUACGAACGAGAACUCUAUGUUCAAGGCGCAAGCCCGUUAUCUACUUGAGCGUGCCGAUGGCGAGGUUUGGGACUAUGUGCUUAGCCCCAACAACAUGCACCGCCGUUCUUUGGUCGACCAGGUCACCUCCACUGCGGUCCCCGAGUCAAACGACCCCGACAAAGUCAGCAUUGCUGUCAAGGCCUUCAUUACAGGCGACAUGCCCGCUGAGCUCAUCGAUCUUCUCGAGAAGAUCAUCCUGGAACCAUCCACCUUCUCCGACAACCCCUCGCUCCAGAACCUCUUGAUGCUUACGGCUGCCAAGUCUGACCGCGGCCGCAUGAUGAAUUACAUUCACCAGCUCGACCACUACAGCCCCGAGGAUAUUGCUCAACAAUGUAUCGAAGUCGGCAUGUACGAGGAGGCAUUCGAGAUCCACAAGAAGCACGAGCAACACGUCGACGCCGCGAACGUCCUCGUUGAUCACAUUGUCAGCAUCGACCGCGCCCAAGAAUACGCGGAUCGUGUUGAUCUUCCCGAAGUGUGGAGUCGGGUCGCUAAGGCCCAGCUCGAUGGCCUACGUGUAACAGACUCCAUCGAAUCGUACAUUCGUGCUAGCGACCCAUCCAACUUCUUGGAAGUGAUUGAGAUCGCCACACACGCUGGCAAGGACGAGGACCUCAUCAAGUUCUUGAGGAUGGCCCGCAAGACUGUUCGCGAAGUCCCCAUCGACACGGCGUUGGCUUUCUGCUUUGCUCGCACGAACCAACUUCCCGAGCUUGAGGACUUCCUCCGCGCUACGAAUGUCGCUGAUGUCGAAGCUUCCGGUGACAAGGCUUACGAAGAGGGUUACCACGAGGCUGCCAAGAUCUUCUACACCAGCAUCUCGAACUGGGCUAAGCUUGCUACUACGCUUGUCCACCUUGAGGACUACCAGGCUGCUGUAGAAUGCGCCCGCAAGGCGAACAGCGUCAAGGUCUGGCGUCAAGUCAACGAGGCCUGCGUUGCCAAGAAGGAGUUCCGCCUUGCCCAGAUCUGCGGUCUGAACCUCAUUGUUCAUGCCGAGGAGUUGACCGAUCUUGUCAAGCAGUAUGAGCGCAACGGCUACUUCGAUGAGCUCAUUGCGCUUUUGGAGGCUGGUCUUGGUCUUGAACGUGCCCACAUGGGAAUGUUCACUGAACUCGGUAUUGCUCUCACCAAGUACCAUUCGGAACGCGUCAUGGAGCAUCUUCGUCUGUUCUGGUCCCGUAUAAAUAUUCCUAAGAUGAUCCGCGCCACCGAAGAGGCCCAUCUGUGGCCGGAGCUGAUCUUCUUGUAUGUUCACUAUGAUGAAGCCGACAAUGCCGCGCUCGCCAUGAUGGAGCGUGCCGCGGAUGCCUGGGAACACCAGUCAUUCAAGGAUGUGAUCACCAAGGCCUCCAACGUCGAGAUUUACUACCGCGCGCUUGGGUUCUACCUGGAAGAGCAACCAACUCUUCUGACCGAUCUUCUACAAGCGCUCACUGCUCGUAUUGACGUCAACCGUGUGGUCCGCAUGUUUAACAAGUCGGACAACAUCCCUCUGAUCAAGCCUUUCCUACUCAGCGUGCAGUCCCAGAACAAGCGCGAGGUCAACAAUGCGCUCAACGACCUGUUGAUAGAAGAGGAGGACUACAAGACCCUGCGCGACUCGGUCAACAACUACGACAACUACGAUGCGAUGGAUCUUGCCCAGCGUCUCGAGCGACACGACUUGGUCUUCUUCCGCCAGAUUGCAGCCAACAUCUACCGCAAGAACAAGCGGUGGGAGAAGUCGAUUGCUCUCUCCAAGCAGGACAAGCUCUUCAAGGACGCUAUCGAGACUGCUGCAUUGUCAGGCAAGACCGAUGUGGUCGAAGACCUGCUGCGCUACUUCGUUGAUAUCGGCAGCCGCGAGUGCUACGUGGGCAUGCUGUAUGCAUGCUACGAUCUCAUCCGCCCCGAUGUCAUUCUCGAGAUCUCGUGGCGCAACAACCUGAACGACUUCACAAUGCCGUACAUGAUCAACUUCCUUGCGCAACAAGCAGCGACUAUCGAGCUGCUCAAGAAGGACAACGAAGAGCGCAAGCAACGCGAGGCCUCUCAGCAAAAGAAGGAGGAAGACACGCCCAUCCUUGGCUCGCGCCUUAUGCUUACGCAAGGCCCCAUCGGGAACGCUCCCUCGCCUGGACCAUACCAGCAACCCAACGGCAUUGCGCCCCAGCCCACGGGCUUCCGAGGAUUCUAA